GGACAUGCAACAAGAGGGAGGAGAGGCUCUGAGUGGCAGCAGGUGACAGGCUGACAGCUCACAUUCUUGUGUCACGGAGAAGUUCCAUUAUAGCAGCAGAAAGUCAUUUUACCAGCUGCUGAAGAACAACCUGGACUGGGAGGACAUACAAUACCCUCUUUUAUGAUUUUAAAUAUUGAUCAGGGUUUGUAAUACCUAUACGUUGUAACAGAAUGUCCUAUGGAGAAACUGUUGGGCACCCAAUGUAUAACCUCUGUGGACAGGUUCAAACCUCCAUUCCCGAGCUAAGCAGCCUGGAUGGAAAUCGGAAGUCUGCAACCUUGCUGGAAGUAAGAAGGAACUUAAACAAUAUGCAUUACUCUUCAGUGGCCUUGGAUCCAGACACCACAGCGACUAAUGGUUCUGGACUUCCCUGUAACCCUGAGGAAACCAUGAAGGCUUUAAGAGGAAGUGAAAUGCGCAGGACAUGUACAACAAAGUGUCUCUACGACCAUUAUUUAGCUAAAACUAGUAUGCAGGGAGAUGUCUACAACUUCCUGGAAAGGCCUAGUGGAUGGAAGUGUUUUAUCUAUCAUUUUACUGUAUUUCUCUUGGUGCUGAUUUGUUUAAUAUUCAGUGUACUAUCUACUAUAGAGCAUUAUUCAGAAUUUGCCACGGGGACCCUUUUCUGGAUGGAAAUAGUUCUGGUCGUGUUUUUCGGUGCUGAAUAUUUGGUCCGACUGUGGUCUGCAGGCUGCAGAAGUAAAUAUGUUGGCUUCCAGGGAAGAAUACGUUUUGCCAGAAAGCCAAUAUCAAUUAUUGAUCUGAUUGUGGUAAUAGCCUCAAUUAUUGUUCUGAGCGUAGGAUCUAAUGGGCAAGUGUUUGCUACCUCUGCAAUCAGGGGGAUCCGCUUUCUCCAGAUACUUCGCAUGCUUCAUGUAGAUCGGCAGGGUGGCACCUGGCGACUACUGGGAUCGGUCGUUUUCAUACAUCGUCAGGAACUCAUAACUACACUGUACAUUGGAUUCUUGGGUUUAAUCUUUUCAUCCUAUUUUGUUUAUCUUGCUGAGAAAGACGCUGUUGAUGAAGAUGGAAAAACAGGUUUCUCCAGCUAUGCUGAUGCCCUUUGGUGGGGUGUGGUUACAGUCACAACAAUUGGUUAUGGAGACAAAGUGCCACAGACAUGGAUUGGGAAGACUAUUGCUUCCUGUUUUUCAGUGUUUGCAAUAUCUUUCUUCGCUCUGCCAGCAGGUAUUUUGGGUUCUGGCUUUGCCCUAAAAGUACAACAGAAACAACGCCAAAAGCAUUUCAAUAGACAAAUCCCAGCUGCAGCUUCCCUAAUUCAGACCCUGUGGCGGUGUUACGCAACGGAGAAAUCAUGCAGUUCUACAGCAACAUGGAAGAUCUAUGUUAUGCCACCUGCUCAAAAUCCCCAAAAAACACCAGCGCCAUCUAGCCCUAGCCUGAGAAAACAGACUAAAAGAUGCAAAAGGAAAGGGAAAUCCGGCUUUGGUAAUGGUUCUGCACCUGUAAUGAAUCCUGGAGAGACUGCCCUGUCUGUCCCUCAGAUCACUUAUGACCAUGUUGAUGAACAAGAAGACAAAAAGGAUGUGUCUUUCUAUAUAGAAGAGCCAGGAGGUCUUACAAGGAUGUUCAGGCCGUCCGUAAAAAGACGUGUGGAUGGAAACCCUCAUGAAAUAUCAAGGGCCAACAGUUUCACUGAUGACAUUGACCUUGUAUCUGAGGAGUCACCACUGCCAGCUGUUUCUGAUGUGGCACAGUAA